GCUUAUAAUUUAAUUAGCAUAGAAUCUUACAAGCAUCCCACUAGCACAUGUAGAAAUUGUGACCAAGCAGAAAUUGUGAUACCCGAAAUUCCUGGAACAGAAUGCAGAGAAGUAUGCGAUUAUAUGAGAGCUCAGUAG